AUGGUCUGCCAGUACGAGCGACUGAAGGGGCCGCAGAACCAGAAGAAGCGAGACGAGUGUCGUCGAGGGACGAGCGUGCGGGAGAACAAAAACCGAAGAAAAGAAGGAGAAAAGAAGGACGCAGUGCUACCAAGGUGGAAAGGCGAAGGAAUGGAGAAGGAGAAACGGAGGGACGUUGGUGAUGACGAUCUGAAGGGACAAGGGGCGAGGGGCAUCCAGACGGAGGAUACGUCGUAG